UUUCACAUCCAAGAUUCAAUCCCCCCCCUCCCAAAAUAAAUAAAUAAAUAAAUAAAUAAAUAUACAAAUUCAUUUCCCAAACAUUACAUGAAAUCAUGGUAGUUCUACAAAUGAAAAGAGAAAGAGAAAGUGAGUUUGAGAAUUACUUGAUGUCAUUUUCACGUCAAGAAAAUCAUUUUGACACGAUGGUGAACAAUUCUCCUAAUAGAGUUUUUGAGUGCAAGACUUGUAAUAGACAAUUUUCUUCGUUUCAAGCACUUGGCGGUCAUCGAGCAAGUCACAAGAAGCCAAGAUUUAUGGGAGAAUUGAAUUUUCAAUUGCCAAUUUCACCUCCUAAACCAAAAACACAUGAGUGUUCAAUUUGUGGACUUGAAUUUCCUAUAGGACAAGCUUUAGGUGGACAUAUGAGAAGACAUAGAGGUAUUAUGAAUGGAAAUAAUAAUAAUAAUAAUAAUAAUAUUCAAGUUCAUCAUGUUGUGAAGAAAUUUAAAAGUCCAAGAAUUUUGUGUUUGGAUUUGAAUUUGACACCAUUGGAAAAUGAUCAUUUAGAGUUGAUCAAGUUGAAGAAGGAAGCUCCUAAAGUUGAUUGCCUCUUGUGAUUAUUGAAUAUUGGGUAGAAUAAAUCCUAUCUAGAUGCAUAUAAUUAUAUUUCAUUUCUUUUUCUUUCUUAUUUGUUCUUAUGGAUCAUGUUCUGGAUAGGGGUUUAUUUGUGUUUAUAGGUUACAAUUGAC